UGGUGCCCAUUUCAUAGAGUCCUGUCUCCACUGCUGAACACACUUCUCACACGCCAGCUGCAGGCCUAGGUCCUAGAAGAUGGCAGACAUGCCCAGCGGCGAGUCCUGCACCUCUCCACUGGAGCUCUUCAACAGCAUAGCUGCUCAAGGGGAGCUCGUGAGGUCCCUCAAAGCUGGAAAUGCACCAAAAGAUGAGAUUGAGUCUGCAGUAAAGAUGUUGUUGUCAUUAAAAAUGAGCUAUAAGACCGCCAUGGGGGAGGAAUACAAGGCUGGCUGCCCUCCUGGGAAUUCAACAGCUGGGAAUAAUGGUGACCCAGAUGCCACAAAAGCCAGCGAGGAUUUUGUGGAUCCAUGGACGGUGCGGACAAGCAGCGCAAAAGGCAUCGACUACGACAAACUCAUUGUUCAGUUUGGAAGCAGCAAAAUUGACAAGGAGCUGAUAAACCGAAUCGAGCGAGCCACGGGCCAAAGGCCACACCGCUUCCUGCGCCGGGGCAUCUUCUUCUCCCACCGAGAUAUGAAUCAAAUUCUGGAUGCCUAUGAAAAUAAGAAGCCAUUUUACCUGUACACGGGCAGGGGCCCCUCCUCCGAAGCAAUGCAUCUGGGUCAUCUCGUCCCAUUUAUUUUCACAAAGUGGCUGCAGGAUGUGUUCGAUGUGCCUCUGGUCAUCCAGAUGUCUGAUGAUGAGAAGUACCUGUGGAAGGACUUGACUCUGGAACAGGCGUACAGCUACACCGUGGAAAAUGCCAAGGACAUCAUUGCCUGUGGCUUUGACGUCAACAAAACGUUCAUCUUCUCUGAUCUUGAGUAUAUGGGGCAGAGCCCCGGCUUCUACAAGAACGUGGUGAAGAUUCAGAAGCAUGUCACUUUCAACCAAGUGAAAGGCAUCUUUGGCUUCACUGACAGUGACUGCAUUGGGAAGAUCAGUUUUCCUGCUGUUCAGGCUGCCCCAUCAUUCAGCAACUCUUUCCCGAAGAUCUUCCGAGACAGGACGGAUAUCCAGUGCCUCAUCCCAUGUGCCAUUGACCAGGACCCGUACUUCAGAAUGACAAGGGAUGUGGCCCCCAGAAUUGGCCAUCCUAAGCCUGCCCUGCUGCACUCGACCUUCUUCCCUGCCUUGCAGGGUGCUCAGACCAAGAUGAGCGCCAGUGACCCCAACUCCUCCAUCUUCCUCACUGACACGGCCAAACAGAUCAAGAGCAAGGUCAACAAGCAUGCAUUUUCUGGAGGAAGGGACACCGUGGAGGAACACAGGCAGUUUGGGGGCAACUGUGAAGUGGACGUGUCCUUCAUGUAUCUGACCUUCUUCCUUGAAGAUGACGACAGGCUGGAGCAGAUCAGAAAGGAUUACACUAGCGGAGCCAUGCUCACUGGGGAGCUCAAGAAGACGCUCAUAGAUGUCCUUCAGCCCCUGAUUGCAGAGCACCAGGCCCGACGCAAGGCGGUCACCGAGGAAACAGUGAAGGAGUUCAUGGCACCCCGACAGCUGUCCUUUCACUUCCAGUAAUGCCUCUUUUCUGUGACAAACCUGUCCGUAAUCCCACCCUGUCAAAUCAAGUCACACUCCCUAUAGGCUUCCGUCACGUGGUAAUUCCUGGACCUGGGUCUCUUAUGCACUUGUGCAGCAUUCUGGACGCUGUUUCUUCUGUGAUGUCUCCGUCUGUUUUCUGCUAAGGGUGAUCAGGUGAUGCUAAUGUCGUGUGGUCAGAUGGAAGCCCAGCCCAGAAUCUCUCCCACCAAGAGCCCAGAUGUGCUGCCUCCCUGGCCCACAGAGGACUGUCUGCCUAGCAGCCUAGGGCUCCAAAACAAAUUCUAAAAUGUAUUCCAGUGUGUGUGUUCAGCUGGUCUUGGUGGUACACACUUUAUAGUCUCUGUACUCAGGAGGCUAAGACACAAGAUCUGAGCCACCCUGGGCUACUAGCAUGAUCCUGUAGUAAUCUGUUUAGUUCUG